AUGCCAUCAAUUUGGAGCAAAAUCAAAGAGUACUGGCAAUGGUUCCUUUGGGGUAAAACACCUUACAAUCAAUUAAGUGAUGAGAUGAAAAGAGAUGCAAGAAGAGAUCUUUACUGUAGACUUUUCGUGAUUGCCAAUGCACCAUACUUUGCAACAGUUUAUGGAACAUUCACCUUCAGCAUGGCAGUGGCUACAAAAAUGGGAGAUAUUUUGAUAACAAGAGUUCCAGAAAAAGAAAGUUGUCGAAAAAGCGUGGGUGGAAUGUGUUUUGCUGUGUAUAUAGUUUUGCAUGUUAUAACCAUGGGUGCUGGAUUUAUGUACAUUACUGUUCCAUAUUACAUGUACAUUUUUAAUUCUCUCUACUCUUUUGGAACUUCAUUGUACUUACGGUUUCAAUAA